UGCAGACAGGUAUGCGGGGUGCCUUUGGAAUGCCCCAGGGCACAGUAGCCAGGGUCCACAUUGGCCAACUCAUCAUGUCCAUCCGUACCAAGCUGCAGAACAAGGAGCAUGUGAUUGAGGCCCUACGCAGGGCCAAGUUCAAGUUCUCUGGCCGCCAGAAGAUCCACAUCUCCAAGAAGUGGGGCUUUACUAAGUUCAAUGCAGAUGAAUUUGAAGACAUGGUGGCUGAAAAGCGGCUUAUCCCAGAUGGCUGUGGGAUCAAAUACAUCCCAAACCAUGGUCCCUUGGACAAAUGGAGGCCUCUGCACUCAUGA